ACACACAAACACACGGGAUCAGAAAUGAAUCAGUGGUUGCUGUAGACAUAAUUCUGUGUCAAGUCUUAAGUAGGUUCUAUUGUUACAUUCUCGCUAUUCACUUACAAAUAAACUGAUAGACCGACAAAUAAGUGAAGCCUGCCUGAGCCCCCUGUAACAUGUCAGUCAGUUAGUAAACCUGAAACACUUUAUUUUACUGUCCCCAUAGUUUCCUAAUAGUCUCCUAAAAGGGACUGAGAUGUAACUGCAGUACGUUAGUAAGGUUCCUAGAUAUGCAAUCUGGUACUGUUCAUGGGUAAAAUGGAAGAUCAUACUUUCAGUUUUUCCAAUUAGUAAGAAUUCAACUUUUUUUUUUAAUCAUCUGGUAAUAAACAGCUGCUAAUGAAGUCUACAUAAAUAUUUAGGUGCUGUAUUAUUUCUUUGUUCUGUCUAAGGAAACUGUAAAAGUUUUAUAGUUUCCCUGGUUCUGUCUUAAUAAAUCAAAAAAGGCCUGUCUGUAGUUUUUAAAGCACUUGGGAGGGACUUUAAAUGGCUGCACUCUGUGUUUAAUUUAUCACCAAUUUUCAAAGAAAAUGCCAAAAUUACACCAUUUAUCAUGGCAAGAAUCUGUAAAAACAGAAAUUAUGGUUGGAUCUUUAAAUUUCCGACAGUCCUUGAACACAUUAUGUGGGAUCAACACUUCCAUUCAGGGUAAAAACAAAACUAAACAUGUCCAAAUCAAACCUUAUUUCAUCAAAACCUGUUUAAUCUUUAUGUCUCAUUAAACAUUUUGCUAAAAAUAAACCGUUUGCACUGACUAACCAGCAGGCACGACAAGAGUGAAAAAACUGAGGCUUUUUUAAACUCCAGCAUUUUGUCUUUAACUUUCAAACAUCAACCAGUCAGUUUUUAAAAUUCAUUCAUUCAUUUUCUGUAACCACUUAUCCUACAGGGGGUCGCGGGGGUGCUGAGGCCUAUCCCAGCUGACACUGGGUGAGAGGCAGGGUUCACCCUGGACAGGUCACCAGACUAUCACAGGGCUGACACAUAGAGACAGACAACCAUUCACACUCACAUUCACACCUACGGACAAUUUAGAGUCACCAAUUAACCUGCAUGUCUUUGGACUGUGGGAGGAAACUGGAGCACCUGGAGGAAACCCACGCUGACACAGAACAUGCAAACUCCACACAGAGGGGCUCCCCACCCCAGGUCACCGCCAUCAUGAUGCCAGUUUUUAAAAUCUAUCGAAUAAUUUAUGGUGGAGGGAGUAUCGUGCAUUUUUCACCCAGAUCACUCGGGAUGGCUCAAAGAAAAAUAUUUAUAGCUUUGGAUAGGAUAAAAAAAAAUAGGUAAGAACAGUCCCUAAAUCAUUUAUUUAAAACUGCACCACUUGUCAAGGGUGUGUAGUUGGUACGGCAUGACCCGCCCUACUCUCCCUCUGAUUGGCUACUACUUGUUGCAUCUUUGGUUGGAUUGGUUUGAUUCAGGCAUUACAGUUUAAGAACGUCAAGGUAAGCCAAUCGGAGGAGGAGUAGGGCAACAUGGGGCGGGUCUUGCCUUCCACAAUCAAGUAUAAAAUAAUGUGCAUAACGACGGUUUUCCUUACUAACAAAUGAAGAAGAAGAAGAUAUAUAAGUUAGUCAAAGUCACACAGUCCCUGUCAGGCCAGAUCUGCACCUCAGGCCGACCACUGAGUCUGUGUUUUUUGGGAGGCCUCUGUCGAGAGCCAGAGGAAGGAGACAUGGCCAACAACUCUUUUCGUGGGUCCAAACAUGGCCGACGUGGCGAGGCCAACCACGAGGCAGAGUUCAGCUGCUCAUUGCAGGAGCUGCGCUCACUCAUGGAGUUACGAGGAGCAGAAGCAGUAACUAAGAUCAAGGACGGUUAUGGAGAUGUUAACGGACUGUGUGCCAGACUGAGAUCAUCACCGGUUGAAGGUUUAGAUGGAAACUCGGAGGACAUUGACAGAAGGAAACAGGAGUUUGGACAGAACCUCAUCCCUCCUAAAAAGCCAAAAACCUUUGUGCAGUUAGUGUGGGAAGCCCUGCAGGAUGUGACGCUAAUCAUCCUGGAGGUGGCAGCGAUCAUUUCACUAGGCCUUUCUUUCUACAGCCCGCCCGAUGGUAACAGACAAAAUUGUGGCUCAGCAGCUGGCGGCGUGGAGGAUGAGGGUGAGGCGGAGACUGGAUGGAUCGAAGGCGCUGCCAUCCUGCUCUCGGUGGUCUGCGUGGUCCUGGUUACAGCCUUUAAUGACUGGAGCAAAGAGAAGCAGUUCCGCGGCCUCCAGAGCCGCAUAGAGCAGGAGCAGAAGUUCACCGUGGUCCGAGGGGGUCAGGUGACCCAGAUCAAAGUGUCAGAGAUCGUUGUCGGAGACAUUGCACAAGUUAAAUAUGGUGACCUCCUCCCUACUGACGGCAUCCUGAUUCAAGCAAAUGAUCUCAAGAUUGAUGAGAGCUCUCUGACGGGAGAGUCGGAUCAUGUCAAGAAGAGCGUUGACAAAGACCCCAUGUUGCUGUCAGGUACUCAUGUCAUGGAGGGCUCUGGCAAGAUGCUGGUUACAGCCGUAGGUGUCAACUCUCAGACUGGAAUCAUCUUCACGCUGCUUGGUGCCAGUGAGGAAGGCGACGGGGAGAAAAAGGACAAGAAGAGUAAAAAAGAUGAGAAAGGAAAGAAAGGCAAAAAGAAAGAGGAACCCACGGUGGAGAUGCAGCCGCUCAAUGAUGACGGAGAACCAGAGAAGAAGAAAAACCUACCAAAGAAGGAGAAGUCGGUCCUCCAGGGGAAGCUGACCAAACUGGCUGUGCAGAUCGGCAAAGCAGGUCUGUUCAUGUCGACCCUCACCGUCAUCAUCCUCAUCACUCGCUUCCUGAUCGAUACCUUCUGGAUUCAGGGAGUCCCGUUUACCAAUGAGUGUCUGCCCAUCUAUGUGCAGUUCUUGGUGAAGUUCUUCAUCAUCGGUGUGACGGUGCUGGUGGUGGCGGUGCCUGAAGGUCUUCCUCUGGCCGUCACCAUCUCCCUGGCCUACUCCGUAAAGAAAAUGAUGAAGGACAACAACCUGGUCCGCCACCUGGACGCCUGUGAAACAAUGGGCAACGCCACGGCCAUCUGCUCCGACAAGACGGGCACCCUCACUAUGAACCGCAUGACCGUGGUGCAGGCCUACAUCUCAGGACGCUACUACAAAAAGUUGCCGCAACCAGAACAGAUCCCUGCCACUGUUAUGGACCUGCUCAUCCGGGGCAUCGGGGUCAACUGCGCCUAUACCAGCAAGGUUAUGCCUCCAGAGAAGGAGGGCGGACUGCCUCGCCAGGUUGGAAACAAGACGGAAUGUGCCUUACUGGGAUUCUCCCUCGACCUGCGCCGAGAUUACCAGACGAUUCGCAACGAAAUCCCAGAGGAGAAACUGUUUAAGGUCUACACCUUCAACUCUGUGAGGAAGUCCAUGAGCACCGUGCUCAAGAACCAUGAUGGCAGCUACCGAAUGUUCAGCAAGGGGGCCUCUGAGAUCCUGCUCAGGAAGUGCUGUAAGAUCCUGAUUGCCGACGGCCAGGCCAAAGGCUUCAAGCCUCGGGACCGAGAUGACUUGGUGAAGAAGGUGAUUGAGCCGAUGGCGUCAGAGGGCCUAAGGACCAUCUGCCUCGCCUACAGAGACUUCCCCGCUUCUGAUGGAGAGCCUGACUGGGAAGACGAGGCCCACAUCCUCACCGGCCUCACCUGCAUCGGCGUAGUUGGCAUUGAGGACCCUGUGCGACCUGAGGUGCCAGACGCCAUUAGAAAGUGCCAGCGGGCCGGGAUCACUGUCCGCAUGGUGACUGGAGACAACAUCAACACUGCCCGAGCCAUCGCCAGCAAAUGUGGCAUCCUGCAACCUGGAGACGACUUCAUCUGUAUGGAGGGCAAGGAGUUUAACCGCCGGAUCCGCAACGAGCUGGGAGAGAUUGAGCAGGAACGCAUCGAUAAGAUUUGGCCAAAGCUGAGAGUCCUCGCCAGAUCGUCUCCGACAGACAAGCACACUCUGGUCAAAGGUAUCAUCGACAGCACCGUGCUGGAGCAGAGGCAGGUUGUCGCAGUAACUGGAGACGGAACAAACGACGGCCCGGCCCUCAAGAAAGCAGACGUUGGCUUUGCCAUGGGCAUUGCAGGAACGGAUGUGGCAAAGGAAGCAUCUGACAUCAUCCUCACAGACGACAACUUCAGCAGUAUCGUGAAGGCUGUGAUGUGGGGCAGGAACGUGUACGACAGCAUCUCCAAGUUCCUGCAGUUCCAGCUGACAGUUAACAUCGUCGCCGUCAUUGUGGCGUUCACCGGAGCCUGUAUAACCCAGGACUCUCCUCUGAAAGCCGUCCAAAUGUUGUGGGUCAACCUCAUCAUGGAUACCUUCGCUUCACUGGCUCUUGCCACUGAGCCGCCAACCGAGUCGCUGCUGCUCAGGAACCCGUACGGUCGCAAAAAGCCGCUUAUUUCCCGCACCAUGAUGAAGAACAUCCUGGGACACGGCGUAUACCAGCUCACCAUAAUCUUCACCCUGCUCUUCUUAGGUGAGAAGCUGUUUGACAUUGACUGCGGCAGGAACGCCCCCCUCCACGCUCCGCCCUCUGAGCACUACACCAUCGUGUUCAACACGUUUGUCCUGAUGCAAAUCUUUAACGAGCUAAAUGCACGCAAGAUUCACGGCGAGAGGAACGUGUUUGAGGGCGUCUUCAAAAACCCCAUCUUCUGUUCCAUCAUCCUGGGAACCCUCCUCGUACAGAUCGUCAUCGUUCAGUUUGGCGGCAAACCGUUCAGCUGUGUGAGACUGACCAUUGAGCAGUGGCUGUGGUGUUUCUUCCUGGGUAUCGGCAGCCUCCUGUGGGGACAGCUGGUGUCCAGUGUUCCCACUAGCUGGCUCAAGUUCCUGAAGACAGCGGGUCACGGCACGCAGCAGGAGGAGAUCCCUGAGGAGGAGCUGGAGGAAAUGAAGGACCUGGACGAGAUAGACCACGCUGAGAUGGAGCUGAAGAGGGGCCAGGUGCUCUGGUGCCGCGGCCUCAACCGCAUCUCGACACAGAUUCGUGUUGUGAACGCCUUCAGAGACAGCGUGUCUCCCUACGAGGGUCUGGAGACGCCUGAGUCUCGCAGCUCCAUCCAUAGCUUCAUGAGCCACCCUGAGUUCCGCAUCGAGGACUCGGUGCCUCAGAUCCCCCUGAUCGACGAGGUCGAUUGCGAGGACGACGCUCCAAUCAAACGAAACUCCCUUGUCCUGCCGCCGCCACUGACCGGGCUGUCCACCCUGCCGCCUCUCCCGUCCUCACCCAAUCAGAACAACACCAUGGAACGCAUUGUCCAGCUGCCUGGUCUUGGUCCGCCCAACUCAGCGGGGCUGCCUCCGUGUCCCGGGAGCCCUCUGCACAGCCUAGAGACUUCACUCUGAAGCCCACAGUUCUGGUUCUUCCAAGAGAAAGAAAAAAAAACAUUUAAAAAAAGACUCACCUGAUUGGUCCUCGUCAGGAGCUCACCUGCUGGGUUUUAGAAUCCAGGAAGCAGAAAUGUUUCCAGAUGUGUCUGUGGCUGUGUGCUGAGCGGCGGCAGGAAGUUCACACAGACUGAUGUUUCCUUCUUUAUUUUAAUAGACAUGGACUCUGCAGUUGUUUAGGAGAAGAGUGUUUGUGAGGUGAUCAAUAAUCUGUUUCUGAUGUGUAAAUAUUGAUGUUGGUGUUGAGACGUAGUCACAGCUCAGGACGAGUUCAGGUUCAUUUGUGUCGAGGUUUAAUUAUCGAUCUGUGACUGAGAUGUGUAGAGUCAGUCAGCUGUAAUGAGGCGGGGGGGGGGGUUACUCUUCAAAGACGUGUUUGUAGAUAGAACAUUUAUUUUAUUUUAGCAUUUUGUAAAAAGUUUUAGUCGUUUCAACGUUGUUCGUUUUAAAAGGUGUAAAAAAUAAUUAAAAGUUAAAAAAAACACCUCCAGAGUAAAAUGUUUGUGACGCAGCUUCACAUCGGAGAGACGAUCUGAUGAGUCCUCUUCUUCAUGUCAACCUGCUGAAGCUCCGCCUCCUUCAUGAUGAAUAUAUGACAUCAUAGAUCCUUCAUCAUACU